AUGGUCAUGAAGCAGAACCCCAAGCGUAUCGGCCGCACCGAUAUCUCCGAUCUCAACGAAGACCCUGUUGUCGUCUGGCAGCACCGCAACUACCUCAAGGUCGUUUUCACCAUGGGUCUGAUUGUUCCCAUGCUCGUGUCCGGUCUUGGCUGGGGUGACUGGUGGGGUGGUUUCGUCUACGCUGGUAUCCUGCGUAUCUUCUUCGUCCAGCAGGCCACCUUCUGCGUCAACUCUCUGGCCCACUGGCUCGGUGACCAGCCUUUCGACGACCGCAACUCUCCCCGUGACCACGUCAUCACUGCUCUUGUCACUCUCGGCGAGGGAUACCACAACUUCCACCACGAGUUCCCCUCCGACUACCGUAACGCUAUCGAGUGGCACCAGUACGACCCAACCAAGUGGAGCAUCUGGGCCUGGAAGCAGCUUGGUCUGGCCUACGACCUGAAGAAGUUCCGUGCCAACGAGAUCGAGAAGGGUCGUGUCCAGCAGCUCCAGAAGAAGCUUGACCAGAAGCGUUCCCGUCUCGACUGGGGUACCCCUCUCGACCAGCUGCCCGUUAUGGAAUGGGACGACUAUGUUGAGCAGGCUAAGAACGGCCGUGGUCUCAUUGCUAUUGCCGGUGUCGUUCACGAUGUGACCGACUUCAUCAAGGACCACCCCGGUGGCAAGGCCAUGAUCAACUCUGGUAUUGGCAAGGACGCCACUGCCAUGUUCAACGGUGGAGUGUACUACCACUCCAACGCUGCCCACAACCUUCUCUCGACCAUGCGUGUGGGUGUGAUCCGUGGUGGUUGUGAGGUUGAGAUCUGGAAGCGGGCCCAGAAGGAGGGCGCCGGCUAUGUUCGUGACGAUGCCGGCCAGCGGGUGAUCCGGGCUGGUGAGCAGGUCACCAAGAUCCCCGAGCCCAUCCCCACUGCCGACGCUGCGUGA